UCACCGUUCUCCAGCCUUCCGAGCCAUUCGUGCGGUCGGCCGGCUGGCCGGGACUGAACGCUGCGUGGUCGGCUUUGCGGGAUCCUCGCCGGCUCUCCCUGCCUGUAAGUGAGGACUGAAGCUCCGGGGGACACCGGACGACAGCUACUAAGGUCCUGCCACAGUGAGAGGAUGGCGGCUACAGGAACUGAAGCCAAGGACCUCGAAAACCAUCACAAUGACUGCUUCGUUCACCUUUCAAAUCCAAACAUCGCAACAAUGAAGGAAGACGUUCUCUACCAUUUCAACCUCAGCACUAGCACACAUGAUUUCCCUGCUAUGUUUGGAGAUGUGAAGUUCGUGUGUGUGGGUGGAAGCCCUUCCCGGAUGAGUACCUUCAUCAGGUAUGUGGCUGCCGAGCUGGGCCUUGACCAUCCAGGGAAAGAGUAUCCCAACAUCUGUGCAGGCACUGACCGCUACGCCAUGUAUAAAGUCGGACCUGUGCUGUCUGUGAGCCAUGGCAUGGGCAUUCCUUCCAUCGGGAUCAUGUUGCAUGAGCUCAUCAAGUUGCUGUACCACGCCAGAUGCUCCAACAUCACCAUCAUCCGCAUCGGCACUUCAGGCGGGAUAGGUCUGGAGCCUGGCUCUGUAGUCAUCACGCAGCAGGCAGUGGAUGAGUGCUUCAAGCCGGAGUUUGAGCAGAUUGUCCUGGGGAAGCGGGUGGUCCGCAGCACCAACCUGGACGCACGGCUGGUGCAGGAACUGCUGCAGUGCUCCUCGGACCUGAAUGAGUUCCCCACGGUUGUGGGCAACACCAUGUGCACCCUGGACUUCUAUGAGGGGCAAGGCCGUCUGGAUGGUGCCCUCUGCUCCUACACAGAGAAGGACAAGCAGGCCUAUCUGCAGGCAGCCCAUGCUGCAGGUGUCCGAAACAUCGAGAUGGAGUCUUCGUUGUUUGCCACCAUGUGCAGUGCCUGUGGCCUGAGAGCGGCUGUGGUAUGUGUCACCCUCCUGGACCGACUGCAAGGGGACCAGAUCAACACCCCCCAUGACGUGCUGCUAGAAUACCAGCAGAGACCUCAGCGGCUGGUGGGCCACUUCAUCAAGAAGAGCCUGGGGAGGACCUGAGGCUCUUGUCCUUGGCACUCAGGACAAGCCUCUGCAGCUACUGGCCAAUAAAUCUAUUUUUCAUAUCCCAUUGUGUGGCUUGGUGUCUGCUUUAUACAAGAACGCAUGGGCUGGGC